UGCGGUGCCGGUGCCCUUUAUGCUGCUGUCACGUACACUAGCGGCGCAGCCGGAUGUUUUACAGCAGCGGCAACUGACAGGAACCACCGACCUUAUUAUAUAUACCGUGACCUUGCCAAGGGACAUCUCAUUUGAUUCUGCUGGCGUAAAGUUGACUGCCUCUCAUUCCGCUCAAGGAGCAAUCCGAAAAUGCCUCUGGGUGAAGAGAAGAUCGAGACAAGCGAAAGGUCCAUAUAUGUUAACAAUCCCCAUUUGGAUUCAAUGAAAGAUGACAUCCUCUACCACUUUAACCUUGGAACAUCCACUCACGACUUCCCUGCAAUGUUUGGAGAUGUCAAAUUCGUGUGUGUAGGUGGAAGUCCAUGGCGGAUGAAGUCUUUCACUGAAUACAUUGCCAUAGAAUUGGGACUAGCAUACCCAAAUGCAGAGUACCCAAAUAUUUGUGUGGGGACUGAUCGCUAUGCCAUGUACAAAGUUGGACCUGUGCUGUCUGUUAGUCAUGGCAUGGGUAUCCCAUCAAUCUCUAUUAUGUUGCAUGAGCUUAUCAAGCUCCUCUACCAUGCACGCUGCACUGAUGUCACUGUAGUGCGCAUUGGAACGUCAGGGGGCAUAGGUUUAAAGCCAGGGACAGUGGUUGUUACCAAACAGUCAGUGGAUUCUAUGUUCAAGCCUUGUCUUGAGCAGAUUAUCCUGGGCAAACCAGUGGUCAGGAGCACAGAUCUCGACGGGGAACUUGCAGAGGAGCUGCUUCAGUGCAGCAAAGACCUUGCAGAGUUUGAGACUGUCAUUGGUAACACAAUGUGCACGCUAGACUUCUACGAAGGUCAAGCUCGGCUGGAUGGGGCUUUCUGCUCGUACACUGAAGAAGACAAACAGAGCUAUCUUACUGAAGCCUAUGCUGCUGGGGUUCGUAACAUUGAGAUGGAGUCAUCGGUGUUUGCGGCCAUGUGUAAACUGAGUAAUCUUCGAGCUGCUGUUGUGUGUGUAACACUACUGGACAGGCAGAAAGGAGACCAGCUCACCAGCUCGCAUGAUGUCCUGAAUAACUACCAGCAGAGGCCUCAGGUUCUGGUUGGACAUUACAUCAAAAAGAAGCUGAAUGCAUUCAAGAAAAGCUAGUUUUGUUCUUCCUAUAACAUUAAAAGCAGAAGAAGGGAACAGUACAGUGCAGAUUUGUUCAGGGGAAAACAUAAAGUUGCAUUUAGUUUUUUAUGUUGGGAAGUUACAUAGAUAAAGUAAGUAGCUGUUCGUCUAGUCAUAAGAUCUCAACAUGUCUGCUCCAAUGAGUUGACCCGGUCCUUGUGAACUAAGGCUAAACUUGAAUCGUAUACUUCCAUACUACUUUUACAGAUACGGCAGAUAUUGUAAGAGUAGUGUGUUGGUAUGCGAUCUAAUUCAGCGUCAAACAUCUUUUAAUAGGCUACUGAUCUUAUGUGCGAGUACUUGUUUUUACAAAGUUUGGAAAAUCAUGAACUAUUCACGUCUUUGGAAAAACAAUACUAAGUGCACUUUUAAUAAGCCAAAGAAACCAGCUCAAAUAUGGAGACCGAUUUUAUUAAACAGAAAAUGGAAAGUAACAGAAAUACCUUUUUAUUUAUUUUUCUCCAGUUAACCACUGCAGUUGCUAACAUAAUAUACUCAAGUAACCUAUUGCCUUGAAUGUAUUGAAUAAUGGCUUAAUUAUUUUGAAAUGUUUAAAGGCACAUUUUUGUUCUAGACUGUUUUAAUUAUUUUAAAUGCAUGAUAUUUAUUAUUGUUGUUUAAAAAUACAGCAGUCAUUAAACUACUCCUGAUGCAGUAAAAGUGAAACAUGUUUUAGAAAAGUGAGAGGACUAAGACGUUUUUAGCACUUUGUUAAAAUAUGUUUUAUUAAAAGGAUCCAAGGUAUAAAAGGGAAUUUUUCAAAUGAACAGUAAACCUAUUUGGUUGGCUGUAUUGUUUAGUGUAAAUGUUGCUAACAAAUGUUUGUAAAUUCUACUGUAAAAAUCACAAAUGUCUUAACUGAGUAAACACAAUGUAUCCCUGAGUUUACAAAGUAUUAUUUUAAUCACACAAUUUUUUUAAAAUUUUUUUAUAACAGAGUAAUAAAACUCAAAGAUGUUGACUCAAACUCAAACCCUAUAUGUAACGCAGAAGCUAUAUGGCAGCAAUUUUUAUUUUUCACUUUCUCACCUUUCAAUGCAUUAUGAAUUGUUAAACUGUUGGAAAUAAAAGGGCAGUCAUAAAUUGACCAAUAAUAUGCUGUUUUUAAACCACAUGACAUUUGAUGUUUUCUUCAAGACCCUCUUUAGGGGGCGACACUUGCUGAAGUGCUGCACAUAUUGCUUAAUU